CGAGCCUCCGCGCCCCGCGUCUUUGUGCCGCUCGGCGCCGCCGCCCUCUUUCCCCCGCCGGCUGUGCGCCCCGGCUGGAGGGCGGGCAGGGAAUAAAGGGCGGCUCCUAGCGGGGUGCGGGGCGGCGGACACCCGGCGCCGAGACCUGGCCCGGAUACCCGACAUCGCGCGGAGCUCGGAGCUCGGCCCGCAGCCGAGCAGGAGCGGCGGCCCCCAGAGCCCUGAUCGCGCGGGACUAGACUGCUCUGCCAUGACCACUGCGCGGUACCGGCCCACGUGGGACCUGGCCCUCGACCCCCUCGUGUCCUGCAAGCUGUGCCUCGGGGAGUACCCGCUGGAGCAGAUGACGACCUUGGCUCAGUGCCAGUGCAUCUUCUGUACUUUGUGCCUGAAACAGUAUGUCGAGCUCUUGAUCAAAGAAGGAUUAGAAACUGCCAUUAGCUGUCCGGAUGCCACCUGCCCUAAACAGGGCCACCUGCAGGACAAGGAGAUUGAGUGCAUGGUUGCGGCUGAAAUUAUGCAGAGAUAUAAAAAGCUGCAAUUUGAAAGAGAGGUGCUCCUGGACCCCUGUCGGACUUGGUGCCCAGCGUCCACCUGCCAGGCCGUGUGCCAGCUCCAGGAGAUGGGGCUGCAGACCCCUCAGCUGGUGCAGUGCAAAGCGUGCCACACCCAGUUCUGCUCUGCCUGCAAAGCCAGCUGGCACCCCGGGCAAGGCUGCCCAGACACCAUGCCGAUCACCUUCCUCCCCGGGGAGACCAGUUCUGCUUUCAAACUGGAGGUGGACGAUGCGCCCAUCAAACGCUGCCCCAAGUGCAAGGUCUACAUAGAGCGAGACGAAGGGUGCGCACAGAUGAUGUGUAAGAACUGCAAGCAUGCCUUCUGCUGGUACUGCCUUGAGUCUCUAGACGAUGAUUUCCUCCUGAUCCAUUACGAUAAAGGACCCUGCCGCAACAAGCUGGGCCACUCCAGGGCUUCUGUGAUCUGGCACCGGACCCAGGUCGUGGGCAUUUUUGCUGGAUUUGGGCUCCUGCUCUUGGUGGCCUCACCUUUCCUGCUCCUGGCCACUCCAUUUGUACUUUGCUGCAAGUGCAAAUGCAGUAAAGGUGACGAUGACCCAUUACCCACCUAGAGGAAGGCAUGCUGCUGGAACAAGACCCCGGCCUCUGGGAAGCGUGAUUCUCCCCUUUCUCUCCCCGCCGUCCCCCUCUCACUAAACAUCUUUCUUGCCUUAUGUGCCCCAUUGAGCUUCACAGUGUCACGCAGGAUGCCGUGAUUUCAGGGACCGAUGUCAGAACAUUUGCCAAGACAACAGGUGGAGUCACCUAGGCAUGGGGCAGGCAGGGCUGGCGUGGGUAGGGCAUGUCCCCACACAAUCGGUCUCUGCAGACUUGACAAGGGAGGUGCUGUAAGAAGCACACUGGGCAGUUUUCUCCCUCUGGCGGUAGACGAGGAAUGUCUGGGGGUUGCAGAGAGAGCUUCUCGUGCAAAAUGUCAUCCGUCUCCUCCUUGGCUUCAAGGUGGUACCAUGACGCUGAGAGAAGUCUUCGAGGAUUGCAGCUCACUUCAGAUUGAAUCCAAUUAUUCCGACUUGAGAAAAGCGCUCUGUUUCUGACAACUGUUUUUAUUACUAAUGGCAUUUAGUAAAAUCCUUUUUAGGAGGCGUUUUAUUUUUUUUUCCUUUCCAACUGAGAAGUGAAAAAUCAACAAGGUGCAUCUAAACCAUCCUAUGCCUUUCUUGAAAUGUACAUUUUAAGAAGUUAUUGUGAAAUGACUUUUCUGGCUCGGCCACUUUUCAGGAGAUUUAGAAAGCCUUAUAUGCCCUUUGUGUUCUUCUUGAAACUUGUAACGACUUUGUGAAUGCUGUGCUGUGCCCAUCGUAAACGUGGUUCCUAUACCGCUGCAUUUCUUUGAAAAUACUGUUGUGUUUAAAGGAGCAUCACCACCAAUAGAUUUGCCUUUUGUUUUUUCUCUCUUUGGUGACACAGUUCAGCUCACAGGCUUGUCUCUUCUCACCCGAGUGUCAUCAGAGUUUUAAUGUCUUCAGAAACCAAAUGUUGUGCUCCGAAAUAGUUCUACUCGGGAUCACUAAGGUUUGGCCACCUGCCUCAGUCUCUUCAAGUAGAAAGUAGGAAGAGAAGUGGGCCCCGCUUCUCAGAGGCAGGGCCUCUGGCUUUGCAAGGGAAGAGCUUCUCGGAUUUUCAGUUUUUAAAUGACUAAGCUAUUUUGGACAAAUCACGUAUCUUACAGAGCUCCAAGUCCUGUUGCUAACCCUUUUGUCCUUGCGGAAACACCUUUCACAUCGUGUCGUUAUUUUGAUGGGACAGGCUGUCUUUUACAGGCUGUGUGUGUGACCGUUACCAUGGCAGCAGAAUGCACAGAUCAGUAAGACACAUGUCAUCCCAUCAAUUGACUUUGGAAAGUGGGGGAUGUGUCUUCACAGAGAGUUGACUUUAAUACGGCUCUUAAGGCCACGUGUGCUUUUAAAGAACAAACCGAUUGCAUUGAACUUGGGGCUUCUAAAAAUAGUGGAAAGGCAAAUGUUGUAGAUUCAUCACAGGGGAACUUUUUAAACCUUAUGAAGCAUUCCACAGAGGAGCACAAUGAAAACCAAACCUGACUUGUAUCUCAGUCGUUUGCUUGUUGCAAGCGUGUGUGGAAAAUGGGGUGGUGUUUGAAUCUUUCCUACCUGCGCCUUCAUCUCAGGUCCUGGUUCACCUUCCCAUGUAGAAAUGUCUUAUUUCUUAAUGUUCAGUACAUUAGAAGAAAUAGGAUCACCUCACCCUUCACCUCUAGUAUUUAUUUUAUGAACAGAAGCCAUUUAGGAAACCAGUCUGUGUCAAAAUUAUGUGGAAAACUUCUCCUAAUUGUAGUUUUAAAGAACAUGCCUGAGACUGUGUUUUGGGAUGAAGCCGGGUGAAGUCUGUAGCUGGAGGUGUUGCAAUAGGGUCUGGAGGUAGAAUGGCUUUUCUGAGAGGGUGACAACCGCGGGAGGCCUGAGGAUGAAGUCGGUGGCACGGCUUGAGGCCUCCUGCCGGGAUUUGAGAAUGCAACUGUCUAGCCAGAGCCCUUGAAAAUGUAUUGACCACAGCAGGCACAGUGGCCGUGUGUGGAGACGUCCACGGGGCAGGUCUUCAUCCCAUCCCAGUCCAUCCUGCCUGUACUAACUGCUGCCCAUUGCACACUGCACGACUCCAUACCGUGCUCCCCUCACCUUUGGGGGAGGGAGCAGAGCCUCGGAAAGGUAGCAUUCCCUGGGCUGGAGCUCAGAUCAUUUUAUUCCUAGCAGGUCAGACCGUCCGUCUCUCCUGGGGGAGUCCGUGGGCACAGCUUGCACAUUUGAAGCCCCAACCAUCCUUGUGCCUUCACCUCUGACAUGUUUCGCAAGCGCGAGGUUUGACCAGGGAGGGACUGCAGAGAUUCAGGGGCCAAAGUAGUACCUGUUCACGCCAAGGUUUUGCAUCAAGCAAGCCUCACUUUUCUCGUUUGGCUUCAGUAACAACAGAACUGAAAACGUCCCUUCCCUGGAAAGAUACCAGCAGGAUUGCACUGGGGUCCUUCCAUAACGUUGUGUUUCCUUUCCCCCGGUGUUUCCGACAGCAGCACCAUACCUGCUGGCCUUGGGGACGCACUGUUAACUAGGCUUGGUGUAAAAUGUAAACAGGGCGUGGGAGGGUGGCUCGCGUUUCAGAUUUUAACCUUGCUGUCACUCCCCGGUAAAACUUGGGGAACUCUACACUUGUUAGGUGGACUCAUUCCUGUUAUCCAGCACAGUUUGUCUUAAUUGCAAAUGACUUUCACUUUCACAGACUGUUUUCAUACAGACCAUUUGGGAGCACGUGCCUGUUUCUGCAUCGAGCCGCCAUUAAGUCCUGGGGAAGUAGGAAGAAAACCCUUCCAGGUGGACCAUAACUGAUGCUACUGCUGGCGGUUGCGGUGGUGAGGCAGGGCACAGUUUCCCCACAGUUAUUUGAGUCCCUUUGGAAACUGACCACGUUCUGACGGUUGCCUGGAUGCGCCCGAUCACUCAGGCUGACUCUGCCGUGUGUCCUUGUAGCCAGGUGGCCAAGCUUUGCCUCUGUCAGAGGAGUCCCUGCGGAUAGUCACGUAGCAGAGACUGAGCGCAGACAGAACCUUCGAUGGCACAAAUUCCUGUCCACGUCAGUUCUUCCUCAACCCCCAGGAGUAGCUGCAGACCGAGGAAGCAGCGCUUACCACUUCUGGCAUCUUUUAAAACGGGAACAAGUUCUCUUUGCAGCAUAUUAUUCCAUCAAACCAGCUUAGGAAGCAGCUCAGUACCUGAUUAGGUUUCAGUGCCAAGGGGAAAGGGAGUGUCAGAUGUGCAAGAAAUACUUCGAGACGUCUUUAUCUUUUUCACCUUUAUCUCAAAAGUUAAAAGGUAGUUCACAAAUUAGAAGAAGACAUUUCCCUUGGGAGUCUUUAAAAAAUGAGGGGAGUAAAAGAACCAGGGUGAGCUUUUUGUAUACUUCUCAGAUUCUCAUUUAUUAAUAAAUGCCCCCUGUAUAUAGUAUAUAUACACAAAUCAUAGUGAAACCAUCAAAGGAAAACAUUUUGCAUGUGUAAAGCUUCGUGAAGUUCUCAUUAAAAAAUACCAAAGCUUGUUUAUCCCUCAUAAUGAACCCAAGCCGUUACGAAAAGAGACAAAAUGAGAUUAUGACUGGUGUUGCCAGAAAUGCCACAUGGGACGAAGGGAUUAGCUGGGCACCAGCCCUCGGGGAGCAUGCUGUCUGGGUGCAGAAGGCCACGGUCUCCCUCCUUCCUCUGGUCUCUGCAAUCUGUCUUCCACAAUCCAGGAGCCUUCAGGUAGGGCUGGGUGCCCGCCACACGCCUGCCUAUUCCUUCCUUCUUUGCUCAUUUUACCAUGGGUGUAUUUUAAUCUUGCAUAAAAGCAUGCAUAAAUGAGUCAUGCACUCGUAUAUGUGAUGUAUUUGACAAGUGGUGGUAAAAACAAAAACAAAUUUGUGUUUUUGAAAUGUCACUAACACUGUGAUGUAUAGAAGAGCUGUUUUGAAUGCCUUUUAAUGUUGUGUUUUGUACUUUGGAAUCAUAUGGAUAAGUGUGAUUUGUAAUUUCAAUACAUAUUUUAAAUGUA